AUGGAAGGAGAAGCAUCUACGAUGCUGAUUCUAUGUUUACAGUAUAUUCAGCGGGAUACCUCAAGAGUCAUCGAGUAGUCAUGGCACACACAUGUGGCGACGACCUGUGGCCGUGUGUGGGCUCAUAAGGUCCGUAGCCCACAAGUCGCCGGCGCAAGUGUCAUAUACACAUGUCACACAAGCUGUCCGUGGAACAGAUGGAACAAGAGAACUGAGCAGGGCACCACACGAUCCGAUCUCCCGGUUACCCAAAACACCCUCAGCGGUGACAAGUACAGGGUCCAGCAUCACCACAAAACCGCAGGAACUUCCGAGGACAGCCACGUCCAUACUCACAAGAAACCAUCUCUGCUCGAUAGCCGAUAUAUACCACCAAGCAACCGGGAUUUCCCCUCAAGCCCACCCACUCAUCUGCUGCAGGAAAACACCACUCUGCACACCACCAACUCACACCACCCGUUGGGGGCGUUACCUUCCAAAACUCCUGCAUCCAAUGGCGUUACGCCUCUCCGUCUCCUCGCCGCAGAGCACGGCCUCCUCGCCGGCCAUCUCCUCAUGCCGCCCCGCCGCCUGCGGCCGAUUCCUGGCCUGUGUGGCGGCUUCUCAGAAGAGGAGCCUGAUGGUGGUGUCUGGCUCUGACGCGAGGGUGGUGACUCCGCUGAAGUCAGGCAGCUUGGAGACGGCCACGACGGGUGCCGACGAGGUGGAAACACCCGCAGCGGCGGUGGCGGUGACUGGGCAGGUCACCGAGGUCUGCAAAGACACCUUCUGGCCAAUUGUCAAGGCAGCAGGGCCGAAGCUUGUCGUCCUCGAUAUGUACACCCAAUGGUGCGGCCCUUGCAAAGUUAUGGCACCGAAAUUCCAGCAGAUGUCCGAGAAGGACCACGACGUCGUGUUCCUCAAGCUCGAUUGCAAUCAAGACAACAGGCCACUUGCAAAGGAGCUCGGCAUAAGGGUUGUACCAACAUUCAAGAUUUUCAAGGAUGGGAAGGUGGCUAAGGAGGUCACUGGUGCGAAGAUUGAUGAAUUAGCGCGUGCGAUUGAGGAAGUGAAGUCAAGCUGAGCAAUGCCCUGAAAAAAUGCAGCAAUUAGCAUGCUAUCACUAGUGUACACUAUGGGAUGAAAGUUGAAAACACCCUCUGUGGAAGUGGAUGAUCACCGUGGAGAAAAACAGUUAUUAUAGUUCUUCUGCUUAUGAUGAUUUACCAAUCGUUCUGGACAAUAUACACCCAUCCAUGUGGAGUGUAUGCUGUAAAUAAUCAUUUAAAUCUUUCUGAGGAUAUGGUUGCUUUCUGACA